AAAUGAAUGGGCGGGAAAGGGAUUGAGAAUUAGGAGGGAAACAUAUUAACGACUCAUUCUUCUCUCUCUCUCUCUCUCUCUCUCUCUCUCUAUUCACACUCUCUUCUUCAAUGGCGCAAAUCGAAACCCUAGGGAUAAUUCAAGACCUUCAAUCCCUCGUCUCUGAUCAACUCCAAGUGGUUUCAUAUAAAUGGCUAAGUCGAAAUUACUUGUUAUCAUCAAAUGCUGCAAAAAGGCUGCUUGAAGAAUUUGUGGAAAAACAUGGAAAUGAAUUGGAAGUGGUGUAUGCCUUGUCUGGCUGGUUGAAGAGUAAUCCUCAAAUCUAUCAUAUAAAGCUUGUUUCGGGGCCUAAACUUGCAGAAGCGAAACAAGAAUUUGAUGGCACGUGUUCAGUUCAGGUUUAUAGCGUGCAAGCUUGCAUCCCAAAGGAUGCAGCUGUACUUUGGAAUGCUGAAUUUGUACAAGCAGAAGAGCUCUUUAAGCAGCCUUCAACGGUUGACAAUUGCUUGAGGGAUAACAGGUUUUGUGCAAUUAGCAGUGACUUUAUUAAGCGUAAUGUAGAUGGAACUCCAUCCAUUGUUUCAACUCCCAAGCCUCAAAGUGGAGGAGGCCUUAAUCCAUCAAAAAGUGAUUUGGCUCGUCAAAAUGGUGCAGCUCGACAAUCCGUGCAAGAAAAGACAGAACAACGUGGCUCAAAAGUUGGUAUUCCAUCUCCCAAUGUGGUAAAAGAAGUUAAAAGCGAAACUACUGGGACGGGAGUUCACGAUCUUGCUAACAAACCAACUAUAAGUAAAGAUAAAGAUCCUCAUGUUCCUGCCAACAAAAAGAAAGCUCAGAACAGUAAAAGCUCUUCUGGUACAGAUGGUUCACUGGCUAAUUUUUGGAGCCGAGCAUCAGCAAAAUCCAAGCCUAGUUGUCCAUCGGAAACUACUAAUGGAGCUUGUGCAGAUGCUCAGAUUAGUGCUCGAGAAGCAGUAGCGGUAGAGGGUGUCAAUAGUGAUGAUGAUGAUGAUGGCCAAGAUAUGAAAUUCAAGAGAGCAUCCAAUGGUGAAGCCACUAGAAAAAGAAGGAUGAUUAUGGAUUUCUCAGACGAUGAAUUUGAAGAUGCAGUUAACUUAGCAUCACCAGACACGGGGAAAUCUAGUCGGGAUCUGAAAGAGAGUAUUGAAACUUUGUUUCCAGAGAAAUCGAAAUUAGACCUUGACAAAUGUGUGGAAGAUAAAUUAGAGGUCAAGAAAAAUGUGACAAUAAACGAACAAUCUAUCCCAUUGUUGAAAGAAGAUUCUUCAACUGUUCCCACUGACAGAACUAAAGGGACUUCCCCCAAAGAGGAUAAAAAUGUGAACAAAAAGGAUAAACUAACAAAUACCUCUGUUCCGGAAAAUGGUGUGAAUAAAAGGGAUAAAGUAACACACAGCUCUGUUCAGGAAAACGGUGUGAACAAAAAUGAUAAACCAUCGAAGGCUACUCCAGAUUCGCCUAAAAGAAGAAAGGUGUUGAAGACACGAAUUGAUGAUCGUGGAAGAGAAGUGACUGAGGUUAUCUGGGAGGGUGAGGAUACAGCAGCAGCAGCAACAGCCGAAAAGGCUAAAAAUGAUCAAGCAGAGAAAGCUGGCAGUGGUACAGUGAAGAAAGCUGAGAAUAAUAGUGUCCCCAGCAGACCGCCAGCAGUGGCUAAGAAGUCACCCGCAGUUGGAGGAAACACUGCCCCGUCAAAUCAAACAGGUAAAGGGGCAAACAAGAAAACCGGAAUCAAGGAUCCGAAGCAAGGCAACAUUCUUUCUUUCUUCAAGAAGAAAGCUUGAGGACGAGAUGGAAUGGAAUGGAAUGGAAAGCCUUUCAAAUUCUUUAGUUAUUUUGGGUUGGAUUGAAUUGUUGUCCAUGUGAUGUAGCCCAGAUAUUGUGAAUUAGUUAGUGUUUUAAACUUUUUGGCCAUUUUGAUGGCUUUGUUUUGUACAUAUGAAUCUUUCCUUUGUUAGAAUUUUCCUAUAUUAAGUGUGAGUGAGUCUUUUUCAACCUUAA